AUGUCAAUGUCUAUAGCUUCUCAUGCUUUCUCUCUUUCAUCUGUACCUAAAUGCAGUCACGAAGGUCAAAAAGAAAGAGCCAAUAUGGCCCUCACUUUUGAUAAAUACAAGGGUAGGCUUCAAAUGCUUCCCAAGGAGAGAGGUUGGAUUACAGGAAACCUAUACAUGUACCAAGGCUUUUGGCACCAGUCGAUGCGUAUAAUCUCAAUAGAAACUGUGAUGGCCUUACAAGACACUUUCAAAGCUCACCCAACAGAUAUCUACUUGGCCACACUGCCAAAAUCUGGCACAACAUGGCUCAAGGCGCUCGUGUUUGCUAUAGUUAACAGAAAUCGCUACAAAAACAACUCUCUUUCAACUCACCCUCUACUCAUCUCCAAUCCUCACAACUGUUUGCCUUUCAUUGAGACUGAAAUAUAUAGACACACACCUACUUAUGCCAAAGCACAUUCACCACGACUGUUUGCUACCCAUAUACCCUACAUUUCAUUGCCUCAAUCCAUUCUUCAGUCGAAUUGUCGACUAAUUUAUUUAUGUAGAAACCCUAAAGAUGUUUUGGUCUCUAUGUUUCACUUUGCAAACAAGUUGAGAGACAAAUCGAGCAGUCUACUGACAUUUGAGGAGGCGUUCGAUUCGUUUAGUAAUGGGGUCAUGCCAAUAGGACCUUACUGGGACCAUGUGAAAGGGUACCACAAGGUUAGUUCAGAACACCCGGGAAAGGUUCUAUUUUUAACGUACGAGGAUAUGAAAACGGAUACUUUAAAUCAUGUCAAGCGAGUUGCGAAGUUCUUGGGCUACCCAUUCACAGAGAAAGAAGAGACUGAAGGUGCAGUCCAAGAGAUUAUCAGACUAUGCAGUUUCGAAAAUUUAAGCGAGGUUAAUAAGCAUGGCAAUCUUCGUGAGGGUAUACCUAAUGAUGCUUUUUUCAGGAAAGGGGAAGUUGGAGAUUGGACCAAUCAUCUCACCAAUGAAAUGAGCCAGACUUUAGAUCGAAUUACCAGAGAAAAGUUCCAUGGUUUGGAUAUCUCCUUCAACUAAAGGUGGAUUCGCUACUCCUUUGCUGUUCUUGAAAAAAGACAUUCGAUCUUAAGAAACUCGUUUUUUGGAAACUAAUGGUCGUAAUAAAUUGUUUAUUUCUGAUUAUUUUAUUUUAUUUUUAUACGAUCCCUGUGUUCCUUACCAUAACUAAUAUUAUUUUUUUAUCAUUAUAAUCAUUUUCGUGAAUCAAUGAUAGUUUUAGGUAAGGUGUUUCUGUUACUGUGCCACUACAUUUCCGGGCAUUAGCGGGCGACGCAUGUCGCCGCGAAAUAUAGGGGUUGUCGCUGCUAAAGGUAUUAGCGGCGACAUGUCGCUACAAAAAGGUCGCCGCUAUUGCUUCGUCGCAAAUUCCCUAUUAGUCGCCGCUAAUACUUGCGUGUUGCCGCUAUAGGCGUGUCGCUGCUAUACAACGUCGCCGCCAAUAGGUUUGUGUCGAUGCUAAAAUAAUUUUCAUUUUUUUUGUUUAUUUAACAUUAAAAUUAUCGAAAACAAUAUAACAUAUAUAAAAGCUGCUACAAUUUUACAGGAAUACCUAAAAUAUUAAUCAAUACGCAACCAAGGCAAAAUAUUAAUUAAUCCAUACACAACCAAUCCAAAAUAUUAAUCCAUACAAAGUGCAACGUAUCAAAACUAUUCUUUCAAACAAAACAUUUCAUAAAAUCCUAAAAUAGUAGCUACUUGUCCUCAUCAAUCCGAUCAUUUCCUUCGUUAUUAUUUGGUGGUGCCAAUGAGCAAAACCACUCUUCCAAAGCCGCAUAAUAGAUCGGGUCUUUUAGUAUCGUCUGAAGCAUUUCCAACUACAAUGAAAACAAAAUAUAUUACCAACAUAUCAUAAUAGCAAUGCACUUUCUGAAAAUUACCAAAAUAAAAAAAAAUAC